AAAAAUGCCAAGGGCAAAAGCUCGGAACGUAGGCAGGCCAGUGGAGCUUAUUUAGUUGUGAUGGACGGGGCCAGGGAAGAAGGGAAAAAUAUGUCGGCGUUUUUGGGGAGGGGGAGAAAGAUUCUGGAAAAGCAAGGGCGAGAGCUAGAAGCAAGGCCCCAGCUUUACCCUCUUCAGUUCAAGCGCAAGUGGCACAUGGGCAGGGGAGGGAUAGGCAGCUGUCCUUCGCUUGAUUGAUUGACUGUUGUGGGCAGGAUUUUAAAAAUAAAAUUAAAGAGACAGAAAUGUGUAAACAAAUGUAUGAAUAACAAAAAUACUAUAAAUGAAUGUAUAUAGACAUUCAUAAUUCGUGAAAUAUGGUUUGAUAUCCACUUUAAUCCAGAAAUAUUUUGUUAGCUUGUUAUCCUUGCACGGCUAAUUCUGUUAGCUGGCUAACGAGCAAAUUCGUAUCCAACACCGCUGUAAAUAUGGCGCUUCUGCUAGGUAGUUUCACUAUGGUGAACUCACGUUUUUAAGGACGCUUCAGUGGGUGUUGCGAAUAGACGGAGUGAUUCAUGUUAUACUGCGUACACGUUUUAGAAAUAGACUGCCAUAGAAAACUCCCCAUGUAUUACUUCGCUAGUUAGCAAACUCGCUAGUUAGCUUAAUCGCUGUUUUCGUAAAUUAAGUAGCUAGCUUGCUGACUUUUUUUUGUCUAACGACUUUGUAACUGACCAUUAACAAGAAAAAAUGUCAAUGUAGUUAACGUUCUCUUAAAUUCAGUUGUCUCAUUAGACUCCUGAAUACUCUUACUCGAUAGCUUUCUUUCACAGCUAAUUCAACCAUUGCUCGCUAAACCAAGAAGCUAGCUUUGUUGCCACCAGAAAGGCUGCGAGAUAAGCAAGUCAGUUGAACGUGGUCUGCCAACUUCCUGCGUCCUUAUAAUGCUUCAGUGUUAUCGACGUCUGCAGUAAACAUGAUGGCUGCCCAGUCGGUUUCGAUAGACAAGUACCCAGAGGGAGAACAGCAGAUGCAGGGAGCGGAGCAGGUGAGCCGCGGUGCUGACCCGGAGCAGACGUUUGGUGAGGGCUUGACCACUGCCUCCAGUCCGGCUCCAGCUGAACCCCCGACUCCCAUGGACGUAGACAAGGCCUCCAUAUACCGGCAUCCAUUGUUUCCACUCCUGGCCCUGCUCUUUGAGAAGUGUGAACAGUCCACGCAGGGCUCGGACUGCAUCACGUCGGCCAGCUUUGACGUGGACAUUGCGAACUUCGUCCGCAGCCAGGAGAAAGAGGGCAAGGCGUUCUUCAGCGACGACCCGGACCUCGACAACCUGAUGGUGAAGGCCAUCCAGGUGCUGAGAAUCCACCUGCUGGAGCUGGAGAAGGUGAGUGACCUGUGUAAGGACUUCUGCAGCCGCUACAUCGCUUGUCUCAAGACCAAGAUGAACAGUGAGACCCUGCUGAGUGGGGAGCCUGGCAGCCCUUACUCACCUGGACAGGCGUUCUCUCCCACCAAGACCCAGACCUCCAGCACUUUCACAGGAACCAUGAGUCCCCAGGGGAUUGUGGUGCCGGCCUCUGCCCUGCAGCAAGGCAACGUCACGGUCACUACAGUCAAUCCCACGCCGGUCAUGGCAGGUAUGUCACCUUGGCAUACAACGAGCACAGGUGGCGCUGUGUACCAGCCUGUCACCGUAGUCAACUCCCAGGGACACGUGGUGUCCCAGGCCCUCUCCCCCCAGACCAUACGCAUACAGAACACACAGCUUCAGCUGCAGCUCAACCAGGACCUGAGCUUCUUCAACCACGAGGAGAGCUCGCCCAAGAACAAACGAGGCGUCCUACCAAAACAGGCCACCAAUGUCAUGCGCUCCUGGCUAUUCCAGCACAUUGGGCACCCCUACCCCACUGAAGAUGAGAAGAAGCAGAUCGCCACCCAAACCAACUUGACCCUCCUCCAGGUCAACAAUUGGUUCAUAAAUGCACGGAGACGGAUUCUUCAGCCCAUGUUGGACGCCAGUGCUUCAGAGACACCCAAAACUAAGAAGAAGAACCCCCAGAACCGGCCACUGCAGCGCUUCUGGCCAGACUCCAUCGCCACCGGGAUGACCCAACAACAGGUCCAAAUGGCCGACGGCACCAUGGUGACCAUGAGCAUGGAGGGUCUCCAAAGCCUGACGUCGGACAGCGCCACGCUGGCAGUGCAGCAGGUGAUGAUUGGCGGGCACAGCGAGGACGAAUCAGGAGACAGCGGGGAGGAUGACGAAGAUGACGACAUGGCUGGGCUGGGCCUGAAUAACAGCGACUCGCUGCAGUAGGGGAUAAACACACACGCGCGCGCACACGAAUAAAAACGACCGUGUUUGCCCUGUUGAAAAUUUGGGUGGUAGAGAUCUUCCAACUAAUAUACAUAGUGUAGGUUAUGCAGGCCGAUUCGUGUAGCCUUGAUCAUUCAUUGUGUCCACACAGUAGCAUAAAGAUCUGAUCCUACCACACAAUCAGAUGCAUUUCUAUGCUUUGCAGAACAUUGGGAUGGCUCAGAUCACGUAUGCACUGUAGAUAGACUGAUAUUCCGUUGCACAUUCACACUCUCUCUCUCUCUCUCACACACGCAGGCACGCACGCACGCGCGCACUCUCAAUCGGGUUACACAGAGCACAAGGACAGGACAUAAAGGGAGUAGUCCAGUGGCCCUUUCACUGAGCGUGUCGUGUGAGGAGUUUCAUUUCAGAAACUGUUUUUUAUGACUUAGGCUAAGUAGGCUAGUGCACUUUUUUGUACAUUAUUGUGAGCUCCAAAAGACAAAAACAAAUCGUAAAAAAAAAAAAGUGUUAAAAAACACACCCAGAGAUAGGUUUUUAACCCUCUAAAUGUUGAACGAUUUCUUAUUUUCCAUUUUAAUCUCUUUUUGAAUGCCAUGUUGAAAUUGUCUGUAAUGGCUGUGUUAACUCUGCAUGACUGUGUUGAACUAACUAGAUGUGUCCACUGAUUAUGACUGACUCCAGGGUUAACACAUGGGCCUAUGGGCCCAGCCGAGCCCAUGGAAAAAAGAAAAGAUGCCUAUUUUUAUAUGCAAACAUUACAACUGUGUGUGUUUUUGUUUUGGUGUUUUCGUUUUGUAUGGAAUAUUUAUGUACAAAUGGUUCGUUAUUAAAGUUAGCGGCUCGGUUUUCCAGGGUCCGAUUAAGUUUUCUAAAUAUAACAGAUAGCUAAAUGAGAAAAUACAAUGAUGUUAAUUGGUUUUAAACAUGAAAUACAAAAAAGCCUUACAUAUGUUCUUUUGUAAAGACAUGACUAGUCAAAAGCACAGGAAGCCUAACUGGCAGACGCGAAAUACCUAUAGUGAAGUUUGUCGAAGGAAGCUAAGGGGCGAGGAAUGGACUUGACUACAGAACAGUGAUAUGCUACAUUGUCAAUCAAAAUUAAGGUUGACAUUCAGGAAUACUUGAUCUUGAACAGUUUGUGGAUUGCAGUAACCAGAAUUUUUACAGACAAGUCUAGUUUUGCCACAAUGUGUCGUAAAAAACACACAAAAAAAAUGCAUUUUAUAAUUGUAGUGUAGAUGCCACUGAAGGGCACAGUUCAGUUCAGUUCACUAUGCUUAUUACAACACAAUCACAGGAAACUGAAAUGAUGGUAGUUAGGCAGAUGGAUACAAAACAGAGAAUCUAAACUUGGAUAUUUUUUUGCACGCAUUAAUCUUUAUGUACACGUUAUUGCAUUAAAAGCAGAGCAGUUAAAAACCAGAUAGCAGUUGGUCAGACCUUAUGUUUAUUUUGUUGUUGUUGGACUAGCACCUGGCCGAUUUAGGGCCUGGUUUUAAGAAUGUUUUCCAAACUCUCCAUCAUGUAGAGUAAUAAGACAAUAUUGCUGGGGCGUUUAUAAAUGGGACAUUUGCAACAAUGUACUGUAUUCUGUAUUCUAAAGGCUCCUUUGAAUAGGUGACUGAGCCUACGUUUCCACAGACAAUCCAACCCCCCCCGACCAAUCAGAUGAGCUUUUUAGAUCAGUUUAAUUUGAUCAAACAAAAAUAUGCGUUUACACAGGCAAUGCAACGCUAAUAUUUUGCCCAGUUCCUGAAAAGCUCACCUGGACAAAGUGUAGGAUUGGACUGCCUGUGCGAACAGCUUGGGAUCCUAGGAGAGUUUCUGGCUUUGUCAGGUGGGUCCUGGCAGCAUAAUCGCCAUAUUCAACAUAUGUUGCUUUCUAACUACUGUUGUUCACUUUUCUCUGUUUGCCUUAGAGCUUUCUAUUUUGGAAUAAACAAUGCCUAACCUCA